AUGGCGGGGCAGUCUUACGUGCAGUGGCAGUUGCAGUUUAACGAGCAACAUCCGAUAAAUGGUUCAAAACUAGCCACUUAUGGUAAUGGACGUUACGUGUUCCUACUAGGAAAUAAAAGGGUGGGUACUAUAUUGCUCUAUUUUUUCGAAUGCAAGCAGAAAUUUACGAUCGAUUGCCGUUUUUUGUGCUAA